UUGAGAUCAAUUCUCCUCCUUCGCAUCACACCUUGCUUCAACUCGACACCAUGAAUUCAUCACUUAUAAUUCUUGUCAUCGCCUCCUGUUUCGCUGUGGUGGCAGCCGCUCCACAGCCUAAACAGGAACAUCCUGAGGAUCCAGUUCCAACCGUUAAUGUGACGACCUGUGGCGGUCUUGUGGACGCGACUUCUGCCACUAUCGAGUUUCAACUUGGCGGUUCGAUCCGCGCGGAUAUGCGAUGCGUAUGGAUUGUCCGGGCACCAUAUUUCACAAAACGGUUCAACCUGGUUUCAUCUGGUCUUAAGGAAUCCGACGGUCUCUACUUUACUCCGCAAUCUAAGGAUGGGCUAGGAACCUCACAAAAGCUCGGUACUAUUGGCCAGAACGUAACUAUCCAUCAGAAAAUAGUGAUCAUCACCCUUAUCGUUGGACACGCCCCAACUUUCGGGUUUAAGCUGGAAUAUUAUUCUAGCGGUUCUAACUGGAAUACGGAUCUCACGGGAUACGCAGUCUUGGCUACGACGAAGGGAAAUUUAACCUACCCCAUAAACGGUGGGAAUUACAGGAGCUUCGAGAAUGCUUUGUUUCCCAUUGCCCCAACUGUCCCGGGACAACCAACCCUACGUUUUACAAGGGUAGAUCUUGAAGUACAUUCGUCCUGCUUGUAUGACUCAAUUAAGACGUAUAAUUGGUUCAAUGGGGAGUACCGUCAAGUAUCAAUGAUUUGUGGAAACAUAAUUCCACCCAGUGUCACACUCCAGGAUGGGCUUGGAUUCGUCCUUUUUGUAUCAGAUAUAAACAACGAAAGGACAGGGUUCGAAUUUGCAUAUGAGUGAUGAAGAAUAUACAAAUGACAAAUAUUUCAAAUUUGCCUUGUAUGUACAUAUGCAAAUGUUUGAUUGCCUUACGAAUUAUCAAAAAAUAUACCAUAAGUUGUUAUUAAAUGCUUUAAAGACU